AUGGACGGGGCAUUGCUUGUCGAAGUCAAGCAGGGAACCGGACUACAGCAUUCGGCGUAUCGAUUUGGUGACAUCCUCAGCUCUGCGCUUGGCGCGAGGCGGAUACGGCCCUUUAUUUCGUGCCGGGUGCUGUGGGCCAACCAGAGGACAACCGAGCAGCAGACCCCCUAUGUGGAAGCCGGCAAUGGUGCCUUUGCCCUCUGGAACCACACGCUGGUCUUCCCCUUGAGCGCGGCCUUUUGGAAGACAGAUUCUUUCAAGGUGAGCUUCGAGGCCAGGGACAAGCGAGAGCUUCAGGGCGCGCUGCGCGGCGACUCGCUCAUCGGCUGCGGGGAGCUGCAGGUGGAUCUGCAGCAGAUGGGCGACAGACAGGUGACGCUGCGGGAUGCCCAGGGCCACGCCAGCGGCGAGCUGCGAGUGACCUUGCAGCUCCGCGCGCCUGAGGAGGCACUGCGGGUCAUGUCCCGCAGCAGCAGCACGCCACUGGCGCAGGCGGCCCGGGCCUUCGCCCAGACGCUGCACCAAAGCAACGCCCUGCAGCGACUCAAGGAAGCGCGGCCGGAGCGGCUGGACGCCGGCGUCAACUCUUUACUGGAGUCCUGGCUUGCCCGCUUUCGCAAGAAAGGCUUGGGCCUGAGCGGGCGCGAAACAGAUGACGAGGCGAUCAACUCCCUUUGGCAAGUGGCGAGAUCAGCGCAGGAGAUGAUCGCAUGCUACGCACAGCCCGGCGAAGAUAUUCCAGGCAUCGCAGUGCACUGGCUCAAGAAUUACUUCUCGAGAUGCACUGGGGCGGAGGCGGAGCUGAAUGAAACCCGCUUGCGCGCCCUCCUGACAAUGCAUCAAGUCGAUGUGUCCGGUCAAAACCCCUGGGACCGACUCAGAGAAAUCGGUGCCACACUGUCCGGCGUCGAGGAUGCGGUGGCCCUGGUCUUGGCAAACCGCCUGGAAGAAGCCAAGCGAGGCGCGGAGGAAGAGACCUUCACCCAAGAGGAGAUCAUCCAGAAGGGUCGCCUGAUCCCUGGCAUUGCCAUGGUUCUGCGCAGGGACACUGCAGCGCAGUGGGGUUGUCAUGCGUUCCUCUAUGACCAUGCGUCCAUCGUUCAGUGGCAGGCCAUUGACGCCCACGAUCCCUGCACUCGCUGCCCUUUAAGGGCCGAGGAUAUUAUCAAAAUCAGCUGA